AUGUGCAGCAAGAAGAUGUUGGGCCAGACGACACAGCGGCUUCAUGACAAUCUGAUCUUCGACGAGAUCGUGACGCGUUUACCACCUAGCGACGUCGCCCGCUGUCGAGCCGUGUGCCGUGCGUGGCACACGGCCCUCACCUCGGACGACUUCGCCCGGGCCUACGGCGCCGCCAAGUCAGCCGCGGCGGCGCGCCAACCAGAGCUCCUCUUCUUCGCGCCGGCGGCCGACGCCAGCGCCAGCACCAGCACCACCCUGUACACCUGCGCGCUCCGCAACGGGGAGGCGCCGCGCGCCGCCCGCGAGCUCCUCACCCUCGGCAACCUCAGCGCGGCGCACGUGAUAGUGUCCCCGAGGCCGUGCCACGGCCUGAGGCUCGUCUCCGACGGCCCCGCGUCGCAGCACUACGUGUGCAACCUGUCGACCGGCGAGCACGUCGCGCUCCCGCCCUGCGAGCGCGCCGCAGCCGUGGAGUUUCGGGAUUCGAUGCGCAUCGGCGUGGCGGGCCGAUUCCUCCGGCCUCCGCCUUGGGUCCCCUUCGAGAUCGCGAGCACCGGGCUCGGCUUCGACCCGGCCACCGGGGAGCACAAGGUGGUGAGGUUCUUCAAGAGGCGGAUUGGGGAGACGGGCUGCGAGGUGUGCACCUGUGCCCCGGGGGGCGCGUGGCGGCCCUGCGCUGGGCGAGUGCCACCGCCGUCGGCCAGCUUUAUAGCCGGCCUGCCGCCGGUGUACCUCCGCGGUUCCCUCUAUACUUUCUGCUGGAGCUGA